UCUUCGUCAACGACCUGCAUAAUCUCCUAUUAUUAGUAUUACCCAUAUAUACUAGUCAAGAAUAUAUCUGUGGACUCAUUUUGCGUCUUGAAGCAAGUAAACCCAGCAAUUGCUCAGCAAUCUUCAGGUUUCGGCUAAUUAAGAAAAUUAAAGAAAUGGAAGGAGUGUACAAAUCAAAUGCAGUCAUGCAUAUACAAGACAAUCAAGGGACAGAAAUGACUAAAGUAAUUAGUGGUGUAACAUCGACAUCAUGCUCACAAGUACAUGAACAUGUGAUCGUCGUUGAUAAUAUUGCUUCAGCUAAACCCCGGAUUCCAUCCUGUCAUCUAUUGGAGGACAACAAAGAAGCACGGCAGGAAUUCUUAAGAGUUUGUGUGCCGCUCACGAAAGCUGCAUUAAGAGGUGAUUGGGAAACUGCUAGAUUUUUCAUAGACCAAGAUCGGAGCAUUUUAACCGCCAGCAUUACGAAAGGCCGCCAUACUGUCCUCCACCUCGCGGCAGGAUGCGGCUGCGCGCACUUCGUCGCGCAGGUGGUCAGGAUGAUGAGCCGCGGAGAUCUCGAACUUCAAGAUCUCAAAGGGAACACUGCCUUGUGUUUCGCGGCUGCAAAGGGAGACGUACAGGUCGCCGAAAUUUUGCUAGCGAAGAACAAGGUUUUAGCGACAAUUCGUGGUGGUCAAGGAAUGACGCCGCUUUAUAUGGCUGUUUUGUUUGGACGCUCUGAGAUGGCCUCACUUUUGUAUCCAUUAACUAAAGAAUGUUUUGAUGACAAAGAUCGAAUUGGCACUUUUUUCACUUGCAUCGACACUAGCCUCUACGAUUUAGCACUAAAAUUUUUUAAGGACGACAAGUCACUGGCUGUAGCUCGGAACAAGGAUGGCAAGACAGCUUUACAUCUCUUGGCUCAAGCACCUUCAGCAUUUGCCAACGAGAAUUCAAAAGGGUGGAGUAAACUCAUCCAAUCAAUAAUGCCAGGUUUGAACUUUAAAUUGAAGAGAAAGCACUCGCAGCAAACUAGUGCCCUUGAGCUAGUGAGAUGUCUUUGGAAACAAGUUUUAAACAUUGGUCAUGAUUAUACCAUGGAGCAGAUCAGCCAUCCGUCAGAACUACUGUUUGAUGCAACAAAAUUAGGCAACUUUGAGUUCAUAGCAGAGCUUAUCAGCUCUUAUCCGGAUUUAGUAUGGGCAACUGAUAGACAAAACCGAAGUAUAAUUCAUGUCGCUGUUUUGAACCGUCAUGCGAACAUCUUCAACUUAAUACACGACAUUGGUCCAAUCAAAGACAUUCUUGCAACUUAUGAAGAUGAUGAGGAGAACAACAUAUUGCAUUUAGCUGCGCAGCUACCCCCUCUAGAAAGGCUCAACAUUGUAUCAGGAGCAGCUUUGCAAAUGCAGCAAGAGUUAUUGUGGUUCGAGGAGGUCAAAAAGAUUGCGCAACCUCUUUAUACGAAGGAGAAAAACAAGAAACGAAAAAAACCUAAAGAACUGUUUAGUAUUCAGCACAAGAGGUUAUUAAGAGAAGGAGAGUCAUGGAUGAAAAGCACAGCCAAUUCAUGUAUGAUCGUGUCGACCCUCAUCGCUACUGUAGUGUUUGCAGCUGCAUUUAGCUUACCAGGAGGUAACGAUAACUCGGGAACUCCCAACAAUCUUCAGUACACCUCGUUUCUGAUCUUUGUUUUGUCAGAUGGGUUGGCAAUGUUUUCCUCUGUUGUUGCAAUACUCAUGUUCCUUUCUAUCCUCACGUCGCGCUACGCCGAAAACGACUUCCUCAAAUCGCUGCCAUUGAAGCUGAUGAUCGGACUGGCAUCACUCUUUUUCUCCAUGAUAACCAUGAUGAUUGCUUUCAGCUUCACUUUCGUUAUUGCUUAUCAUCACUACGCGUUAAAAUGGGUCCCUUUCUUAAUUUCUAUUUUCGCAUUUCUUCCCAUUGUUGUGUUUGCUGUUCUGCAGUUUCCACUUCUGUUUGACACUUUCAGUUCAACAUACUGGUCUAGAGCUCUUUUCCAGCCAAAUAGACAUAUGUUAUACUAGGAAAUUAAGUUCAAUGUUGUAUUCAACAUUCUAUCUGCAUAAUAAUGUAUAUAUUCUUAAAAAUUAGACUUCUA